AUGAAAUGUGCUGUGCAUGCCUGUGGCAGGGAUGCAAAAAGGAAAAAGAGCCCCAAAUGUGAUACGGACGUCCCUUUGCUAGUGUUAUCAUCAAGGAACAGAGGAAUACUUCAACCCAGCUGCGAUUCUGGCAUUGCCUCUCCACUUCCAUCAGAUUCAUUCAAGUAUCUCACCUGGCAUGAAUUAGAAGAGCACGAUGUUCAAGGGAGUCAAAUCCGCUGCCCCCGAGUGAGAGAAGGACCUUCUGAAGAAGUGCGGUUUUUCAGAGGAGAGCAUCAUACUCUAUAUGCAAAAAAAGAAGUGACAGAAAAAGAGAAAUGGGAGCAAUGGUUACAAGAGGACUGGGAAAACUGUGUGAGUUUAAACCUUUCAUACCAAGAUUUGGGAGACCUUUACCAGGUAGAAAACUGUAAACGAAUUCUCCGUCGAUUAAUUCGAGUGGAGAGGCUUUGGUUGGUAGACAACUCGUUGACAGAUCUAAGUGCCAUAUGCUUGCCAAGAUGCAAAGAAUUGAAACUCUGCAAAAAUCAUUUUACAUCCUUCAAACAGCUGCCAAAGAUGCCUGAGAUUCAACAUCUGUCCUUAGAUGAGAACAAUAUUGAAACGUUAGAUGGUUUAUCUGCUCUGAGGCACUCUCCAUUAGAAUCUCUUGUACUCAAAAGGAACCCCUGUGAGUUUCCUGAAGACUACAGGCAGCUUGUGUUCUCCAACUUGCCAAACCUGAAAAUGCUGGAUGGGAUCCUGAAACUGCCAGAGGACUGUCUUCCAACAGAAACCAAUCUCCUGUCUAAAAUAUGCACCAUACUAUAGUGUUAUAUUUUGUGAUGGGACUGAAGGAAUUGCCACAA